UCCUGAAAUGACGUUUAGCCUCGGCGACGCCUACUACGUCAUCACAAUGCGACAACGCUUUCUUCCCUGACCAUGUGAAAGAAGCGUUGCAGGGAUGUAAAACAUUCAGAUGCUGAAAACUAAAGGAAAGUUAAAGGGAAUUUGUCUAAAUUCAACCCAGAACCUGAGCGUGUUUUUUUUGCUUGCUGUGAUAUACCGAUAAGAGAGAGAUGGUGGAGAAGAAGGGAGCAAAGAGUCAGAAGAAGCCUGGAGAGCAAGGGCAGAAAAGGAUGACAAAGAAGCCUGAUCAGGGUAGAAAAGAAGGAGGAAACAGCAGCCAUGUCGGAGAAGGAGGAAAAAAGAAGCGUCUGGAUGCUAUGAGUGUGGGUUAUUUUCGUCGUGUGCAUGAGAGACUGAGCGAAGGAUUCACGGACGAUGAGGAGCGAGCUCUCUUUGUGGAAAAUGUUCUCUCUGAGGUAAAAGGACAAGCUAGCCUUGUCACCACAGAUAUGACAGGCAGUCUGGCUCUCCAGAAGCUUCUGUCAUCGGCCAGCCCCAAACAGGUGGCCGAGGUUCUGUCAGAACUGGGUGGAGAAACAGGGUCAGAGUUAAAAACUGUGUCAUGUGACAGAUGUGGGGGUCAUGUGAUCGAAAGUGGUAUCAAGCAGAUGGUGAAGUGGACAGAGGACGGCCACUCCGAAGAGAAGAGCGCAGCUGGAAAUGAAAAAGAAGAACCAGAGACCGAAAACGAUGGGAUGCUUGCGGAUCAGGUGCUAAAUCUGUGUCGAGUGGUGAGAGAGAAUAUUGCCGAGUUCAUCAAAGACCCUCACGGAUCUCAUGUGCUUCGGACGCUUAUAUACGUGCUAGCAGGAUGUUCGGCUCAAGAGCAGUCUGAUACACGUCCAGCGAAAAAGCAGAAGAAAGCAGAACCUGAGCUGAUAGACUUUGAAGCCCCAACAUCAUUCUGGUGGGACCUCAAGUACCUUUCAGAGUCUCUGAUGGAAAAUGUAAAUGUUUGUGCCACCAAUCCGACUGCCAGUGCUGUGCUCCAGACCCUACUGACCGUCUGCCACAGGAAGAGACCCAUUUUAUGCAAAAAAAUAAACAAGGGCAUCAUGGAAUACCUAACAUCUCUGAGCUCAGCUCCGGGAGUCAGCCCCCUCUUGGUGUUCCUAAAGGACCAGUCAUGCAGUCGACUCAUCCAGACAGUGUUUCAGUUCUCCCAUAAACCUUUGCUUCGAGACAUCUACAAGAACCACCUGAAGAACCAGCUUGUGCCUCUGGCGCUCCACCCAUUUGCAAACUACACCAUUCAGUCCUUCAUAGCAGCUUCAGUCAAUUUUAAAGUGUUUUUAAAGGUGUUUGACGAGUUGACGCCUGGGUUUGAGGCGAUCCUGGCAGCAGGGCACAUGGGGGUUAUAGUGCAGCUGGUGGAGAGUUGUGUACACAGAGAGGAGAGGCAGGCUGUCAUGCUGCAACAUCUUCUAGAGGCUUUUCACUGCAGCGAGCCCUCGACUCGCCACCUGUGCUGUCUCCCUCUCUUCCUGUCUUUACUGACGUAUGAGGUGUACUACAACACCGAGGCAGCAGAUGGCGACGCUGUUCCUCAGCGCCCCCUAUCGAUCUGCUACCACGGCUCGCGCCUGGUCCAAGCGUUGGCCCGCUUUAAAGACCGCUCCAUCCUGAUGAACAGCCUGCACAGCCUGAGCACGGCCGAGCUGCUGAGCCUGGGCACGGAGCAGACGGGCAGCCAUGCCCUCCAGGCCCUCAUCACGCUCUCCAGCGACAAAGGCAAAGGGAAGAUCCUGAGGAAGCUCGAGGGACUCUAUACUCAGCUGGCCUGCUCUAGAUACGGCAGUCGAUUGUUGGAGGCUGUGUGGAGCAGCGCCACCCUCAGUCAGAGGCAGAGCAUUGCAGAGCAGUUGGUCCCCAGCGAGUCUCAGCUGCGAUCGGAUCAGUUUGCUCGCCACGUCUGGUCGAAAUUCGGCCUCACGCACUUCCAGAGGCGACGCGGUGCCUGGAUCGAGCUUCAGACAGGAGAAUCGAAGAAGAGAAAGAUGUUCAGUGACAUUCUGGAGUAACUGCUUUGAACUGGUCCAUUUUUUUUUUUUUUUUUUGCAGGGCUUAAACGAGUGUUAACUCACCUCCUGUGGACUGAAAUCCUACACCAUUAAAGCAGCUCCUACAGAGUUACAGUUAAUCCUUUGGUAUUUGAUUUGGUCAGAAGUUAACGCUCGAGCUUUUUCUGUGUAGGUGACGUGUAAAAAUAAAAACGGUGCGCUUUUCAGUUCUCUGCGCUAAUGCGUCAAGAUACAGGAAGAAUUUUCAAGAUAACGUGAUUAUAAAAAGAUAAUGUUUAUAAAAAUUCUUUGCUUUCAUAGUGAUCUAUUUCAGUGAUGGAAAAAUUUGUUUAAUGAGCAACUUUGGCCUUAUUGAUGGACUGAACUGGUGCAUUCAGGCCUAAUUUACGAUGAAGUUUCAUUUAUUGCAAACAACUCUUGUAUGUAAAUACUUCACUUUGUGAAAUUUGUACUUCCAAAUCAUAAAGCAUCAGAAAUGGA